UUUAAUAGCUAAUUUGUUGUUCUUUUUAACACACCCCUCUUGCGUGUGCUGAUUAAAGAUAAGUAGGCCCGUGUUACUUCACACUGAGCGGAAGGAAGAACUUUUUUGUAGUUUUAUCUUGAUCUCAGACCAUCUCCGCCCCAGAUCACACCCCUAUAGGUUAAGCUCCUCAGAGCUCUCCAGCAACAACCAGGCUGUCUCUGACACAGACAGAGGCGCGAAUCAAGCACAGGGGAAUCCUAAAUAUCACUGUUUCUAUGAGAAGGUCCAGACAGUCCUCAGGAGGAAACUCUGCUUGAAAGCUUUUGCUCAGAUGUUCGAGAGGAGAGUCUGUCAGGAAACAUGUCUUAUAACAAGGAGUUGAUGGGGAAUAUUUCCUUUGCGCCUCCGCUGGCUCUCCGCGGCAUCUCGGUGAACGGCAGCCCUGCGCGCUACAAGGACGCGCUCCGGCUGGGGAUGCCCUUCCACAUCGACGCCGCGUACCUCGACCAGGGUUUCCCCUGCAGGCGGCUGCCCUGCUUCCCCUUCCCAGCUCCCUUCGGCGUGUGCGAGUACGCCUUCGAGCCCGCGUUCAUCCAGAAGCGCAACGAGCGGGAGCGGCACCGCGUGCGCUGCGUCAACGAGGGGUACGCGCGCCUCAGGGAGCACCUGCCGCAGGAGUUCGAGGACAGACGGCUCAGUAAGGUGGAGACGCUGCGUGCGGCCAUUGACUAUAUCAAACACCUGCAGGGCCUGCUGGGUCUGGACGUCUCCGGGAUGGAGAUCUCGUUGGACGAGGUGCAAAGCUGCGAGGCUCUGCGGCGGAGGAUAGAGAGCGGCAGCGACGGAGAGUCCAAAAUGAGCGACAGUGGAGACAAUGUUUACUGAAGACUUGUAACAAUGGCAAUAAAGGGCAACGAGCGGUGGAUAGAUUUAUCAGCCCUGGUAAAGACAUGUUAAAAAGUACCCAAAUGAAUCUGCAUAAUCUGACAUUGAAAAAUCCAGCCUUCAAAUUGACUAAAUUGAUAG